UCAUUAAUUAAUUGAGAAAUUAAAAAGUUUUAUUUGUGUUAAAAAAAAGUGUUAAAAGUGUUAAAGCGUCAAGAAAUGGGCAUGUUGGAUAUGGAUAUUAUGGAUAUAAACAGAACCCUGUAAAAUAUUGGAAGAGUGGAAUGAAAAGACAACAUCUGUCAGGAAACAUGAAAAAACCACGCGGAAUUGGUUUGAAGGAGUUAAAUCCUUUAUUGACGUGUCCUUUAUGCUCUGGUUAUUUAAUCGACGCUACGAAAUUACUGGAUUGUUUGCAUACGUUUUGUAGAAGUUGCAUAGUAAAGCACUUCGAAAACAGCAAAUGUUGUCCCGUAAAGAACUGUUUGCAACCGUAUAAAGAUAAAAAACCGGAUAUGACGCUACAAACGUUGGUUUACAAAAUAGUACCGGGAUUGUAUUCGAAGGAAAUUCAACGAAGGGACGAUUUUUAUCGAAGUACGGAUGCGAGAGCGAGUAGUUCUUGCAGCGAUGAUAGUUUGUUCGGCGAAAAUAAUCACGAACAAGAAGAAUGGAUUCACAACUUGGGUCAAGAAAAUCCAUUUUUAAGCCCCGACGAUUCGAUCUCGCUGUCUUUGGAGUACUAUCAAAGGGAAUUAGAUACGACGCCGAUCGAAAACGGUACGAAAACGAACGUUUGCGGUGGUGCCAACAUAAAAAGUAUAAAAAAUAGCGGUGUUAAAUGCGAUCGAAGGUAUCUUCAGUGUCCCGCUGCGGUUCAAAUGACGCAUUUACAAAAGUUUAUCCGGAUGAAAUUUGGAUUAAAAGAUGAUCAUAAAGUCGAUAUUAUUCACAACGGAGAAGUGUUGCCAACCUUUUUUACACUAAUGGACGUUGCGUACACGUUUAAAUGGAAUCGGGUAAAACCGCUUCGCUUUUUCUACCGGAUUUUCGCCCAUGUUAAAAUCAAACCGAUUCGGAUAAUAAAUACCACGUCUUCAGCGGGCGAAAAGCACCAUCAAAUCGUGUCGAUUUCCGCCAACAAUAAAGAUGAAAGCGUGAAAGAUUUUAAAGAAUCCAAGGAAUUGAAAGGAAAUAAAGAGGAAACGAUAAAGGAUUGCCGAUUGGUUUUGAGUAGUUUGGAGGACGAACAGCGUAACAAAGAUAAAGAGAGAUUAAUGAACGAGUUAAAGCUUCAAGUUCGGAAGAAAACCGCAGUCGAACACGUGGAUUUAUUUCGUUACGGUGAGGAUAACAAUAAGGAGAAGUUCGCUGAGAAUCGCGAUCGCGAAUGGGAGUCGUUAAAAACGCCGGACGAGGAGUACAAAAUCAGCAAGAAGAGGAAGAAAAAUAAACAUUCGAAAGACGAACAUAAAAAAAGAAAGUUACACGCUGAGAUAACCAGCGAGGAAAGUUUAAAAUUAAAGGUUAAAAUCACACCGCAUAAUGGACAUAAACACAAACAUCAUAAAAGCGUCGAUUUUGAUCAAGACGUUGUUAAUUCCAAAGAAAAAGUUAGCCAAUUGAGGCAAAUUAGGCACAAAAGCUCGGAACCUAAAUCAUCUGAUGUUAAGGAUUUCGUGCAAAAUAAAAAUCUUCAAUACCCGCCUGGUUUUACAGUUAGCAGGGUUGAGUCGGGUGGGGUUAAACGAAAACUCGACGAGGAAUGUGUGGAAAAAGAACUGAAAAAGCCUAGCUUGGAGAUAACUUUAAUUAGAAAUCCUUCUAUGUCGAACCAAAAUAAUCAAAAACGACCUCCCCCCGCCACUAUUCCUUUACAGAAGAUUAAAAACUCUUAUAAUUUUUCAUCUGGGGUUAGUAUUAUUCCAAAAAUACCUGAAAAAAAGAUUGAGGUUAGAAAGGAAGGUGUUAAAAAUGAAGUAUUAAAUAAGAAUGAUUAUGUUAUGAAUAAGAAUGAAGUUAGGAGUUUAAGUAAUGUUAAAAGUGAGGUUAGGAAUGUAAAGAAUGAAGUUAUUAAAAGUGAGAAAGUUGAUGAGAAGGUUGAUAAGGUUGAGAAAAAUGAGAAAAAUGAUAAGAAUGAUAAAAAUGAUAAGAAUGAAACGUUUCCUUUAGAUUUAUCGAAACCAAAUAAUAAUGGAUUAACUUCAAGUGGAACUCAAUUGUCGAAUUUAUCAAAUUUGCAAAUGUUAUCGAAGGUGGCUUCGGAACAUGCUCAAAAUUUGAAUAAAAAUAAACAAAUUCCUAAUUUGCAAAGCAUCAGGUUACCUUUUCAUCAUCACCAAAACACCGAGAAGAUCGCAAAAUCAAUGCCGAAAUUAAACGAAAUCAACAAAAACGAUUUCCUACAAAAUCGAAUGCUAAAUAAUUCCCGGAUAAAUCGUCCGAAUCAGAAUCAGUGCAUAAGAAACAUCCCGAACCCGAGUUUAUUGGUGCGACAACAAAAUCAAAAUCGUUUAAAUUGUUUAAAACAACAAAAUAAUCACGAAAAUGAUUCAAAAGAAAAAACGCCUCCCGAAAAAAGUGAGGUUAAAAUCGUACAAAAACAACAACAAGUUGAGUCGAACCAAAAAAAUCAAAUUACCUUGAUAACGAAAACUCCCCAAAACAAUAACCAACAAAAAAAUCAAUUAAUACAAAAAAAUCAAUUAACACAAAAAAAUAAUCAAGUUCAAAAAAGUCAAAACGCACAAAUUGACGUAAAAGUAUCGGUGACAGCACCCGCUGCCAACGGUAAAAAAGAAAUCCACCAAAACUCGAAUGACAAGGAGAAAAAGGAUGAUAAAAAUGAAAUUGAUGAAGUUGAUACAAAAAAGGAAGUUGGUACGAGUGAUAUAAAUAAAAAGGAUUCGUCGUAAAAUUUGUUUUAAUCAUCAAAGAUGAUUUGAUUUUAUUU